AUGCAUGGAAAGGACGCUUGGUUGAGGCCGUUCGUGAUAGAAUACCAGUCUAACGUGGAGGAGUUGAGCGAGGAGGAAGACGUAAUUUCGGUACCUGGGGAAACUAUCAAGAGGGCGAUACGCAUUGACGACUCCGACGACGAGAUGGCGGACUAUAGAGAUGAUGAUCGAGAUCAAUCACCCACCGAUGACAGUCCCGACCAAUCACCCACUCUCAUGCGGGCUUCUGGCCAUCCAAACAUACUUAACGAGAGUGGCGUGGCUGCACCCGGGAUGGUCAGCGAGUUGCUCAAGCAAUUUGAGACUGAUGGGGGCGAGCAGGUGAGGCUCACAAAACCAGCAGUGAUGCGAGGCUGGCUAGAGUCUUUUCUAGAAACACUCGGGAUCGAAAAACUUGAGGACACCGGCAAGACCACUUACAAAGGCUGGGAGAUGCCCUCCACCCGCAUCACGCUAAUUCGGAUAGCCAACUUUCUCGCCGAUGAGGACGUUGACCGCACGGAGAACUGGCAUGCCAAAAUUGGCGAGAUAGCCGAGUAUCUGGCCUUCCUGGCCGUUCGAUAUGUGGAAAAAGGCGGAAGUUGGGGAUACGAACUCAACGACGCGAUACACAUGAUGAAAGUCCACGACGUUUACGAGCGGUACCAUUACUCCCUUGAUACUCCCAACCUUGGUGGGAAUACCGUGGCCCUGGCCCGCAAGAGUAUUUUGAACACGCCGAGACCUCGUUUCACGUUAUUAGAGGGCACGGAUAGGCAAAUCCAUGAGCCAGAUAGUCCCAGGAACCUCUUGCACAGACUCCCGCGGGGCGUUGUGGACGGCAUGUACGUCAUGUCUAGGGAAGCUUUCAAGAGUUGCAUGGCCAAGUACCUCGAGGACGAGCAGUUCCUAUGGAGUUACGAAAUUCCGAGGCUAGAGUGGAAUCGCAAGACCAGCUAUUGGAACAACAUGGACAAGGUGAAAUUUCUACCGGGAGGCUUCAACAUGGUCGAGACUGAGGAUGAGACCUUUAUGGCGUGCAUGCGCCUUGGACCUCUGCGUGCGCUCAAGUCUCUGAAGACAGCGUGCUCUUUGAACUGGAACCCACGCGAGACCCAAGGGGAGGGGAUGGAAAGGUUGCGAUGGGAUUGGUGUCGGUUUCGGGGUGCCAACCGCGCUGGGCUGACCAUGGUCCUACGCGCGUUUGGGUCGCAGACGAAAGAGAUACGGGCGCUCGAAAGCCCUUACAGGAAACUAAUUUUGGAGACAGCGCGAGAACGAAGGGAGAGGCGGCGGCGCAAGGCGAGAGGACCCGAGCCUGGCAUCAUAUGGGAUCCGAUAACGUACCAAAACCCCAAGCCGGAGGUCGAUUCCAUGACGGGGUACAUCUUCUGGCACAAGCGGUUUGUUGAGGAGAAUGAGAAAUGGUUGCCGAAUAUCCUAGGCGAGCUGCGGCAAUACUGGGAAAAUAAGUUCGGCAAAGAUCCGAGUCAGCGGCCUCCGCUUCCGGACAACGGCCUUUGGGCUCCCUUGAUCGCGGUGGGUAUGUACGAGGAACAGUACGCCAAUUUCAAGUUACUCGGCAAGCUCAACACAAUCAAGCGCGACCUGUUGACGGCUCAACGACUGUAUCCACGCAGGUUCCUAGACGAGGUUCUAAACUACCUUGAAAAUGGCGAGCGCGACGCGCUCCCCGCUCGACAAUGCAGGGUGGGCAGCGCAGGGCAGCCUGAACACGAAGCACUCCGCACCGCGCUUACGGAGGGCGAUGAGUGGGAGCUCUGCGUCCUAUCUAUGUAUUCUCACAGACCAACCAGCCACAAGCUGCUCGAGCCGCUACCCGCGCAAUGGCCCAUGAGGAAGCGCAUCUUUGCUGACCGCUUAAACGCGCUGGUUCAUGAGCUUAGCGAAAAGAGCUGCUUCGAGGAGGACUCUCUGGAAUUCGACACGCUUCUCAAGUCGAUUAACCGGUGUAAUUCUGGAAACUCAUUCCGCCGAAUAAAAUUUAAGGCUGCGGAGGCCCAAGGUUUCCUUGUAGAGCUCUGGAAAAUGGGCAGAGUCGAGAUUCAUUCGACCAACGCAGGUCGCUGCUAUCGGCGCCCAGAUAUGACGCUCUACCCCGAGGACACGCUCUUGUUCCCGAGAUAUCCUACUCCUUUGGCCCCUAAGGCGCAAACCUAUCAACAGGCCGCUGAAUCCACCCCGGUCGAAGUAAGAAAGUGGCGGGACAACGCGCUACUUGUAGCGCGGGGUCUGGCCUGGCGCCUCGGAUACAGCAUCAUGGAUCUUGAGGAGAAGCUUAGUGGGGAUAUUAUUCAGUGGGCCGACCCUGCCCGGUAUCAGAGCGAGUGGGCCGGUAACGAGCGAGAGGGCUGCCAAGAGUUGAUCAAUGCCUACGUGGCGGAGAAUAUGGUCCGCGAGUGCAACGAGUACCUGAACCCGCUGUGGCCGCGAACACUGACGACGACUUCCACACCCGACGGGACGCAUCAGGUGUACUCUCGACGACAGAAAAUAUGGAACUGGGCGGCAAGCAGCGUGCGUGGCAUUGCACCGCGAUACUUUAGUAUUGACAGGUGGCCAGUGGUGGCCAAGGAGGAUCGGCAAGGCGCGGGGAACGGUAGGGGCAUAUUGGCGGGAACCGGCGAGUGGGCCGUAAGGCUAGAGAGCAAAGUCUGGGUACUCCACCAGCAGGUGAUGAAGAUGUCGAGAUGGGGGUACUUAGGAUUGAAAAGACAGGCGAAGGACACCCUUUCGCUCUAA